AUGGUCAUCGGCCUGGUGGCACUUGGUGAGGUUGUUGUAGACAACCUGACUGAAGAGAGGAACCAACUACAGACCAGUCUCAACAACCUGACUGAAGAGAGGAACCAGUUAUGGACCAGUCUCAACAGCAUGACUCAAGAGAGGAACCAGUUACAGACCAGUCUCAACAGCACAACUCAAGAGACGAACCAGUUACAGACCAGUCUCAACAGCAUGACUCAAGAGAAAUGUCAGCUGCAAGUGGAGAUUGAAAGGCUGACACUGAAGAUAACAGAGCUGACCUCACAAAUAUGCCCAGACGGAUGGAUCACGUUCAGCCGCAGCUGUUACUUCAUCUCAUCAGAAAGUAAAAGUUGGGAUGAGAGCAGGCAGGACUGUCUGAAGAGAGGAGCUGACCUGGUGAUCAUCAAAAGCAAAGAAGAAGAGCCAUUUCUGAAGAAAUUUCACACCAGAGUCUGGAUUGGUCUGUCUGAUCGGGAAACAGAAGGGGUGUGGAAGUGGGUGGAUGGAUCAAGUCUGAGCUACACGUUCUGGGCAUCUGGUGAGCCUAACGACCGUGGUGGAGAAGAUUGUGUAGAGUUGUCUCAAGGACGAGAUGGAUUUAAUGAUGAGUCUUGCUCUGAUAAAUUGCCCUGGAUUUGUCAAAAGUAGGAUCUAGUCCAGGGA